GGUUUGUGUAGUUUUUCGGGGCUCCGGUCAUGGCGGACCAGGAGGAGACGUUUGCCGUCCAGAACUCUCCGGGAGGCUCGGAUUCAAGGGAAUUACAGAACGAUAAUAAACCCGAGAAACAGAACGGGACUUCGGGGAAAUCCGCAUCAUCGCAGACAACUUACAUCCAGCAGGGAAUGGAAGGCAUAAAGGUCUACCUGCACGAAAGGGAACUGUGGAUCAAGUUUCACGAGGUGGGCACGGAGAUGAUCAUAACCAAAGCUGGACGGAGAAUGUUCCCCAGCUUCAAGGUGAAGGUGACUGGAUUAAACCCCAAAACGAAGUACAUUCUUCUGAUGGACGUGGUUCCUGCGGACGAUCAUCGAUACAAAUUUGCCGACAAUAAAUGGUCUGUGACCGGGAAGGCAGAGCCCGCUAUGCCCGGGAGGCUCUACGUCCAUCCGGACUCCCCGGCCACCGGGGCGCACUGGAUGAGGCAGCUGGUCUCCUUCCAGAAGCUGAAGCUGACCAACAACCACUUGGACCCGUUCGGACACAUCAUUCUCAACUCGAUGCACAAGUACCAGCCGAGGAUUCACAUUGUGAAAGCGGAUGAAAAUAACGGCUUUGGCUCCAAAAACACGGCCUUCUGCACUCACGUUUUCCCGGAGACAGCAUUCAUUGCGGUCACGUCUUACCAGAACCACAAGAUCACACAACUAAAGAUUGAGAACAACCCGUUUGCGAAAGGCUUUCGUGGAAGCGAUGACAUGGAAUUACACCGGAUGUCCAGAAUGCAAAGCACCAAAGAGUACCCCGUUGUGCCUCGCAGCACGGUGAGACAGAGGGUCGGCUCCAGCCACAGUCCGUUCAGCGGGGAUGUCCAGGGCAUGGCCACACCCAGCAACCUGAGCUCCCAGUACUCCCAGUGUGAAAACGGGGUCACAAGCACCUCCCAGGACUUGCUGCCUCAGUCUGGCUCCUACCCACUUCCACAUGAGCACGGACAAGAUUACUGCAUCAAGAGAAAAGCGGAUGAUGACUGUCAUUCAGGCGAACACGGCUAUAAGAAGCCAUACCUGGAAAGUUCUUCCAGCGAGGAGGACCACUACUAUCGUCCCGUUGGCUACCACCAGAGCCUCACUCUCGCCAGCGGGGCCUACCGCAGCGAGUCCAGCCAGCGGCAGGCCUGUAUGUAUGCCAGCUCCACACAAGGUGCAGAACCUGUUCCCAGUUUGGAGGACAUCAGCUGCAACACGUGGGCCAGCGUCUCUCCUUACGGCAGUUGUUCUGUCACCACCAUGCAGCCAAUGGAGAGGCUCCCCUAUCAGCAUUUUUCCGCUCACUUCACCUCAGGGUCUCUGGUGUCCAGACUGGGAGGGGUGGGUGGACACUCCUCUCCACAGCUGGGUGAGGGCCACCAUGCAGCGAUGUACCAGAGCUCCAUGGCCCACCAGACUCUGGGCCGCCAGUGCAGUCCUGGAGCUGGGAUCCAGUCACCGACAGCUGGGUUACAGGGAAACGAAUACCUCUAUGCACACGGCAUACCACGCACUCUAUCGCCACACCAGUAUCACUCUGUACAUAGUGUAAGCAUCAUGCCAGAGUGGAGUGAGAACAGCUAAGAAUCGAACAAUUGCAUACAUUAAAGAGAAAACGAAAGAAAAUGGACCAAAUAAAGCAACAUUGGGUCAGUUAUAUUUAUAUUUCCAAGGACUUGUUGCAGUUAAUCUUAAAAGGAACAAUAUUUCUUCAUUGAGGAAAGUUGAUAUUCGUUGGGUGAUUUACCAGGAGAUAAGUGGGUAUCUUAUCAAGUAGGACGUUUUAGCAGAAUCUGCACUUAUAAAGAAGCAACACGAACACAAACAAACAUUGGGCUGGACCAGAACACUUGUGAAGCCUGCUCAAGUGCAGAGAAAGCUGACACUGAACAGAGCAGAAAUGCUUCAGAUGUUUGGCCAGGAGGCUCCAGGUUAAAGGUGUUUUUCUGCAGCGUUUUGUUUCGAAUGAUAGCAGAAAGCUGUUGUAUGUCCUGAAUGUUUGUCCUUUUCACAUUUUCCCGACCAGACAGUUUCUAUGACAUUUUUUGUAGCAAAUUUACGUUGUAAAAAAAGAAAAACUAAAGACGGCGCUUAAUGUCAGUUUCGUUGUGGCUCUUUGGUCAAUGUGUUUUUUCUUUAAAUCAGAAAGUUGAUUUUAUUUGCUUAUAGGUAGAUUCAUUUAUUUACAUUCAAGUCAAAUACCUCAUAUCAAUUUUAUUAGGUUUAUGAGACAAUACCUUGUAAACAUAUACAUACCUCUUAAAUA